GCAAACUUCUAGGCAACCCUACACUCUCACAGGGAGGUCUCCUGUCUCUAGGAACAACUCCAGCUUAAUCUUCUCCACCAUGAGCCUCAGACUUAAGGCCACGUCCUCCUGUCCCGGCGCCAGCCGCCUCCGGGUCCUACAGAGGCUGUUACUGCUAUCCCUGCUCCUGACGCUGGUUCCCUGGACUGCUGGAAAAACUCCCAGUGUGGACAGGAAGCGGUUCAUUGAACUUCGCUGCAUGUGCUUGAAUACCGUCUCUGGCAUUCAUCCAAGUAACAUCCAAAGUUUAGAGGUGCUCAGAGCAGGACCCCAUUGUGCCAACGUCGAAGUGAUAGCCACACUGAAGAAUGGGAAGGAAAUUUGCUUGGACACGGAAGCUCCCAAAAUCAAGAAAAUAGUCCAGAAAAUUUUGGAAAGCAGUGGGUCAACAGCUUAAUCUGUUCACUUUCUGUCAAACCUUUUUAUCUCCCAAGAACAGUAAGAGUUUGAAGGCUUGACUUCCUGGAGUUCUUAUUUAUCCAAAAUACCUAUUUAUAUUGUAUUAAAUUUUGGAUGUGUUUUCCAUUCUGCCCCUAAAAUUCAUGACAUUCUGAGAAGACUGGUUAAUAGAUGACAGAGAGAAGGUGACAAUAAGCAAACUUACUUUCAAAAUAUAACGUGGGAUUUGUUCUCUAACUCUUGGUUAAAUGUGGCACUCUGUUUUGCAUCCCUUUAUCUAAAAUUUUCUCUUCAAAUACUUAUAUGUGCAUUAAACCUAUCUUGCUCUACCUUACUGUUAGACUAGCUAUGCUCAUGAUGAUUAAUAGAUUUCAGAAUGGUUGAUGAUUUUCGGAAUCACACAGAUCCCAGAAAGGAGCACUUGCUCAAGAAAUGUUUGUUAAUUUAUUUAGGCACUUAAUAGAGUCUUUCAAUGUCUUAGUCUUAGGAUGUCUUGUUUCAAAGCAUUUUCUGAAAGAUUUUUCUAAUGUUUAUUUUAGGCUUCAAACUGUAAAAAUAAUAAAGUUGUAGAAUGUGAGUCUUGUAAGCAGUGGUUACUUAUUUUAAAGAGAAUAUAUUUAAUAUGAGUACAAUAAAAAACACGAUGAGGGGCACCUGGUGGCUCCGUUCAUUAAGUGGCUGCCUUUGGCCCAGGUCAUUAUCUCAAGGUCCCAGGAUGGAGUCCCACAUUGGGCUCCUUGCUCAGCAAGGAGUUUGCUUCUCCCUCUCCUUCUGCUGCUUUUCCCUUUCUGUCUCUGUCAAAUAAAUAAAUAAAUAAA